GCUUCACCUGUUCUGUUUACCCGGUUACUGAAGCUUCAAGUCUGAGUGGCACUCGGUGGCGCUGUGUUUGUGUACGACUCUCCAUGUUGAUGAUUCGUCUGUGGCAUUUGUGACUCUCUUUAAGGAAAUAGAUAUCUAACAUCAGCAAAAGCGUUGGAAGCGGUGAUUGGCUUCCUAGGGCUUGAUUACAGAGGGGCUUACGCUUACAGUUCAUCUGUUCUUUCUUUCGGUGUUGUAUAGAGCAAAGAGUGCGUGUAAUCUGGCGUCUUUCAUAUACUGCAUCAUGUUUUUCUACUGGAUGUGCGUCUUUUCGGCGUGUUUACUGUUUUGGAAGGCAGACGCCCACAGAUUGAGACCGAGGGCCAACUCUACCCCUGUUGAAGAACAGAUUUGGGACUAUAAUACCAAUAAGGUGAGAGGAGUGUCGCUUGGGGGAUGGUUUGUGCUUGAGCCGUAUAUCACGCCGUCGCUAUUUGAAGCGUUUGGGUCUGAUGAGUCCAAAAUCCCCGUUGAUGAGUACACUUUCUGUCAACAGUUGGGCAGGGAAGAGGCCAAGAGAAGGCUAGAAAAGCAUUGGUCAGAGUACUAUACCGAACAGGACUUCAUCGACAUUAAGAAUCUCGGCUUGAACUUGGUUAGGAUUCCUGUUGGUUACUGGGCUUUCCAAUUGCUCGAUAAUGAUCCUUAUGUUCAAGGACAAGAAAAGUACAUUGAUCAAUCGAUCCAGUGGGCCAAGAACCAAGGGUUAAAGGUUUGGUUUGAUUUACACGGUGUUCCUGGUUCGCAGAACGGGUUUGACAACUCUGGUAAGCGUGGUACAAUUGGCUGGCAGCACUCCGAAACCAAUCUGGAGGUCACACAAAACACAUUGGACUAUAUUUUUGGGAAGUAUGGCCAGGAACAGUUCCAGGAUACUGUGAUUGGUAUCGAGAUUGUGAAUGAACCAAUGAUGUCUUCUUUAAACAUCACUGGUGUGCUACAGUUCACAUAUGACAGCUAUGACCGCUUCAGAAACAAAUACAACUCACAGAAUUGGUUUUUGGUGCAGGAGGGUUUCAUGAGCAUUGGGUAUUGGAAUGAGCACCUUAACAACGACUUCCAAAACGUUAGUCGAAAGUACACUUCGAAAAAUGGCCUUUACAACACUACUGUCCUAGACUUCCAUGGCGUCGUUAUAGACCAUCAUCAUUAUGAAGUGUUCACCACGGGACAACUUGCUAAAAGUUCUGAAGAGCGCAUUAAUGACAUUAGAAACUAUGCGAAGGCUGUUGAGCUAGAACAGAGCUACCAUCCUUCGUUGAUUGGAGAAUGGUCGGGCGCAAUCACAGAUUGCGCCAAAUGGUUGAAUGGAGUUGGCACAGGUGCGAGAUAUGACGGAACGUUUAGUUCCGACCAGCUACUUAGAUCUGGGAAUCAAAGCAUGAGCAGACUCAUACGUCGUGACGAUGCGACCAAAUCUUGCUCCAACGUGGCAACGUACAAGCAGAUGUCUCAGAGCCACAAGGAUGAGAUACGAAAGUUCAACGAGAUCCAGCUCAUAUCCUACGAGGCGAACACUGCAGGGUGGAUCUUUUGGAACUACAAGACCGAGGAUGCCAUCGAAUGGGACCUUCGAGGGUUGAUCGACAAGAAGAUGUUUCCUCAUCCAUUUGACGACUUCAAGUACUUCACCAAAGUUGAUGGCGAGUUUGUUGCCAAAAACGGUGCAACGGCGGAUUCUGCGCCCUGGACCGCAUUUCCACUACUUGCAGUAUCGGUGUUGGCAAUGACUGUGUUUGGUUGCUUCGUAUAAACCGGAAAGUACUACGAUAACGAAGAGCAUCUUUGAUGCUCUGCGAGUCUACAGAUUGAGUUUAGAUGCUCGCCGAUCCCAUGAUGAUGUUUUUCAUGCCAUUCUGCGCCAUUUCGUGCCAUUUCGUGCCAUUCUAUAUCUUUUCAUGCCAUUUUACGUCACUACGCCAGUUCUAAAAUUAGAUCCGCCAGCACAAAGCCAACCCCAUAGCGCGCUGUUUCGUAAAGUCUACGCCAAAGAUUUGCGCAAAGCAUCAACUUUACGCCCAAAACGCACCGCCAGGGCUUGCAAGUUUUUCGCUUUUUCACCCUUCCUUGGCCUCUUUUGCGCGCCUUUUUGCGAGCGUGCGCGUAUCUUCUCUUCACCCUGUUUGAUCUCACAAUCUCACCUUUCC